AGUGCGGUCUGAGAAAAGACGCCAUUAAUAUUCGUCGAGUCAGAAAAUCCCGCUUAAGAAAAGCCAGACAAGAAACAGAAUCGUCACCAAUAAGAAAAUCUCCAACGUUUUUUCACUUACACUCGAGAUCACGUCGACAACUGUUUGACCACAGCGAAGUACCUGUCUUGUCCAAUGAAAAUAAUCGCCACAUUCCUGGAAUAGAAUUUGCUGUUGGAGGAGAACCGGCUCGUGAGGGAGCUUGGCCAUGGAUGGCAUCAAUUUCAAACCAAGGUGGAAAAAAUUUUCUGUGUGGAGGUUUUUUAAUUGAUGAAAGGCAUAUUGUGUCUGCAGCUCACUGCUACGCUGAUGACAGGUGAGAUUUAAU